AUGAUCGUCGAUAGUAGCAUGAGGAUGAUCCCAUUUAUAUGCUUUACGUUUCUGUCAUUUGUCGGGAUCAGCCAUGCCAUGGAUUUGGACACAACAAGCAAAACGUCAAUCUGUGAUGCGACAGCCUUAAUACAAGAUGGUAUGCUGGAUUACUAUGACGGUACGAGAUAUGGUGGUGCGGUAGGUAUGUUCCAAUCACCCUAUUAUUGGUGGCAUGCAGGUGAAGCAUUUGGCGGCAUGUUGGAGAAUUGGUUUCUUUGUGAGAAUGAAACCUAUCAAGAAUUACUAUAUGACGCGCUGCUGGCACAAACUGGCUCUAAUUACGAUUAUAUCCCGGCCAAUCAAACGAUGGUUGAAGGUAAUGAUGACCAGGGUAUUUGGGGAAUUACCGUUAUGGGCGCCGUGGAGAGAAAUUUCACGGACCCCGAUGAGGGCAAACCAGGUUGGUUGGCAAUGGUGCAAGCCGUUUUCAAUACCAUGUAUUCAAGAUGGGAUUCAGAGCAUUGUGGUGGUGGGCUAAGAUGGCAAAUCUUCACUUGGAAUAGUGGAUAUAACUAUAAGAAUACAGUUUCCAAUGCAUGUUUGUUCCAAAUUGCUGCAAGAUUGGGGAGGUAUACUGGUAACAGCACAUACUUAGACGUUGCUGAGCAGGUAUUCGACUGGCUAGUAGAUGUUGGAUAUGUAGUUCUUAACGAUACUGCGAAUGUUUUUGAUGGUGCGGAAAUCGACACAAAUUGUACCGAUAUUACAAAAAUUGAAUGGACCUAUAAUCACGGUAUCGUGCUUGGUGGUCUUGCGUAUAUGUACAACGCCACCAAUGGGACAAGUGAAUGGGAGACUCGUUUAACACAGAUUUUGAAUGGUGCUAAGGCAUAUUUUUUCAAGGAUACUAUUAUGUAUGAAAGCGCUUGUCAAGAUUACAGCACUUGUAACACGGAUCAAAGAACGUUCAAAAGUAUAUUUUCGCGUAUGCUUGGCCUCACAAGCGUUAUGGCUCCAUUUACUAGUGACACAAUCGAUGAUUUGAUAAAGACAAGUGCUGAAGCUGCUGCCAAAUCGUGUAAUGGUGGUACAGAUGGGCAUACAUGCGGUUUGGAUUGGGGAAAGCAAACACAUGAUGGUUAUUAUGGGUUAGGUGAACAAAUGAGUGCUCUAGAAGUUAUUCAAAAUCUUCUAAUUCAUGAUAGACCAGCACCAUAUAAGGAAAGUAAUGGUGGUACAUCGAAAGGUGACGCAAACGCUGGUAUGAAUUCAUCGACCACUAAUGUGCUACAAAAUAACCUAAACAUCACAAAGGGUGGUCGUGCUGGUGCUGCUAUUAUCACAGCAAUUAUAUUAAGUGUGCUAAUUGGUGGCGCUGUGUGGAUGUUGUUUUGA